GUAAUAUUUUAAGAGUAUUUUAAACUGACGUAGACUUACGUGUCCUAUUCUAAAUAACACGGGUAGGCAUUCUACCUGUUAAUAAAAUAAUUAAUAGCUGAAUUUAUAUAUAAAAUGCAUUCAAUUUUACCGCGUGGAAAUGCUAUUUUAGCAUAUACUUUAAGCGUAUUAGCUUGUUUAACAUUUGUAUGUUUUGUUUCUACCGUAUUUUUAGAUUAUCGAACAGAAGCGAAAAUAAAAACAGUCAAAGUACUUGUCAAAAAUGUACCAGAUUAUAGUGCUUCCAGGGAGAAAAAAGACCUAGGAUUUUUAACGUUUGAUUUGAAAACAGAUUUAACAGACUUAUUUAACUGGAAUGUCAAACAAUUAUUUUUAUACUUAACUGCCGAAUAUCAAACACCAAAUAACGUAUUAAAUCAGGUUGUGCUUUGGGACAAAAUUAUUUUACGUGGCGAAAAUGCAAAUUUAGACUUGAAAAAUAUGAAUACUAAGUAUUAUUUCUGGGAUGAUGGUAAUGGAUUAAAAGGCAACAAUAAUAUUACAUUAACUCUAUCUUGGAAUAUCAUUCCAAACGCGGGUUUGUUACCAAACAUAUUUUCUCAUGGCCAACAUUCAUUCCAAUUUCCGACAGAAUAUACAACGUCUAGAGUUUAAUUUAUAUUUGAACCGUAAUUUAUUUUCUGUUCAGCACAUUUUCAAUAAAUUCUUGUGAUUUUUUUAUUGUUAAUUGUUUGGUUUUUCUUCUUUUAGUAUAUUGAUCACCUAUUUAAAUCUCAUUUAUUAUGAUUAAAGUUAUUCAACGCAAAAUUUAAAGAAUUUAACAAAAUUACAUUUUUUUACAUUAAGACUUAAA